GGCCAAGAUAUCAUUUGACGGGUUUAGCUAACCAUUUAUAAAUGUAGCUUUUCAGUAGAGUCACGUGCUAUUUGCUAAUCGGGAUAAACUAUUUUAGUUUAUAUCAAUUAUUUGAUAAAUAAUACAGCUAUGUAUCAAAAGAGGAUUUUUUAAAAUUAUAGUUAAGGGAUGAUCUAUGGUUUGAUGUCCCAUCUUAAUCGGAUAACCGACAGGACACUGACACUGCAGUCAGGUGACGGGGCAGCGAGGUGCUUUUACCAACGCGGAUGUAUAAAACACUAGGAACACGUGUUCUUUCCGGGACAGAUUGACCAGUUGAGCGCUAUGAUCACUUCAAUCAGUGUAGAUGAAGGGGUGGAGACAGGUUAGAGACACAUUUGUACAAUGUUACAACACUAUAUAUAUAUACACAUAAUAUGACAUUUGUAAUGUCUUUAUUCCUUUGGAACUUCUGUGAGUGUAAUGUUUACUGUUAAUUUUUGUUUAUUUCACUUUUGUAUAUUACCUCACGUUAACAUGUUUCCCACGCCAAUAAAGCCCCUUGAAUUAAAUAAUGAAAGAAAUCUUAAGACACACCCUCGCUUUAUGCCCUUGGGGAAAUCCCCGUCGCCAUCAUCUUGGAGGUCCAAAUGAUUCGUGGCCAUCUUGUCUAUCUAAUAACGUUACUUAGCCAGUUAGCCCUAUUGAGUUAAAAUGGGCUUGCGAUAUACGGCUGGUGCCAUGGCUGCUGACAUCACUAUCCGAAGAUACCAGGAAGAUGACAAGGAGACCGUGAAGGAGAUCUUCACCAUGGGGAUGAGCGAGCACGUCCCUUCCUCCUUCAUGCACCUCCUCAAACAGCCCCUGACCCAGAUGAUCCUGAUGGUCACGUUCUGCGCCCUGCUGGCCAGCUCCAAGUCCGUCCUGCUGCCUGUAGUAGGGGUCACUCUCCUCCUGGCCGGGGCCAAGCAGCUGGUGGGCUACCUCUUCAACAGCUACAUCGACACCUCCCUGAGGAAAGACCUCGACCACAUCCAGGAGAUCUACCUGGAGAACAAGGACUCGUGUUUCUGGGUGGCUGAGAGCGACGGCCGGGUCGUGGCAACGGUGGCCUGCCUGCCCGCGGAGAGGGAACCAGGCUGCAUGGAGCUGAAGAGGUUGUCUGUACGUCGUACACACCGGGGGAUGGGCAUCGCCAAGGCCCUCAGCAGGACAGUGGCAGACUUCAGCAGGGAGAGGGGCUUCCCUGCGGUCGUCCUCUACACGUCUGUAGUGCAGACUGAUGCACAGAGGCUGUAUGAGAACGUGGGCUACACACGGGUCAGAGAGUUCGUCAUCCCUGAGCCCAUCGCCAAAAUCACCAACUUUACCCUGAUAGAGUACAGACUGGACUUACUGCAGGGGGGGAAAUAGGAGGACUGGACUUACUGAAGGGGGAAA